CAUGCGUGGAGCAACCUCCAAACAUUUGGAGUGAUUUGGCGCAACUUCUCUACUCCCGCGUGAAGCAAUGUUUUGUUUUGAAGAUUACUGCGUGACUACAGCUUUAUUUACACAUAUAACCUAUAUCUCCAGAUUGGGAAGCAAAGGAGAGAGAGGACCCAUGGGCGUUCCAGGUGCUCAAGGUCUGAGUGGACGCAAAGGAGAGAGAGGACCCAUGGGCGUUCCAGGUGCUCAAGGUCUGAGUGGACGCAAAGGAGAGAGAGGACCCAAGGGCGUUCCAGGUGCUCAAGGUCUGAGUGGACGCAAAGGAGACAAGGGCUUCCAAAGAAGAGGUGGACCCAAAGGAGACAUUGUAGACUCCGACGUGGAGGGACUAGCUGGUGAGAAAGGGAAAAAGGUAUGUCUGGAGAAUCUGGCACUAAAGGACAGCACAGAGUGAGGAGACCUUGGACAUAAUGGUCCAACAUGGAGACUCUAGGAAGCCAGGUGAUGUAGGACCCCCUGGACUGCCUGGUCCUCGGGGGUUGAACGGCAUGAGCGGUGUGCAUGGCAGGCCGGGUAUUGAGGGUCCACCGGGACAAGAUAUAUCUGACCAGCAUAUUAUUGAUGUGGUAUAAAGAAUGUUGCAAGAGAGGCUGGCAGCAGUAGCAGUGAGCACUACAAGGGCUACGCCGUUGAACAACCGGCUAUUCUGGUCCUCCGUGAUUAAUGGUUCCACAAGGACCACAUGGUUUGCCUGGUUCCCGAAGAAUUCCUGGAACGAUGGGAGCUGACAGACGGAUUGGAAACACAGGUCUUAAAGGUGACCUUUGGGGAGGGGUCGUUGUCGUUGGAUGUCAGCGAGUCCGAAUGAAAGGUCAGCGUGGCCGUGUCCCGUCUGCUGACAUGUGACGACGGCUGUUGCAAGGUGGCAAAUGUGCUGACCCUCCGGAUGACCUCUCACGUGCCUGGCGCACUUGAGCAGCAGGAAGGGGGUCCCCAAGCGGCGGUCUGAGGGUCUCCUCCAUCGCAGGUUUGUCGUACCGUCAGUUGGCUCGCUUUGGUCCUCUGCACCUUGUCCCCGAGCUGCCUGCUUGGGCAUUAUGCAGUGGGUGGCUCUCUCUGGCUCUUCCUCACGCGGCCUCGAGGUCAUGCUGGGGGGGGCCGGAUUAUCGGGUCGCAGGUUGCUGUGCUGACGGCGGACUCGUUGCGGUAUUGUCGGCCUCAGACACACCGUGUAGCUGUCCAUCCCUGUGCGCUCGGACGCGCCACAGGCGUGAGGAGGAUGCUGAUCCGGGGUCAGAGGUCACGUGACUCAAGCAGGAUUGGCACCAUCUUUUUAACCGCUCCAGCGGGCUGCGUGCCAUCUUUUUUACUGCGAGCUGGAUGUGUUGUGGACCUCAAUGUUCAUUAAAAUUUUAAUAAUCCUCACUGACAUUCUUCUUAUUUGUGGCAAAAAAUGGGGAGUGAACCUCUGCAUAAUGUGGUUGCAUAAUUGAUAGCAACAUUGCUGCUAGUGGGCAUAGUGAAGCCAAAUUAGCCCAGUGACCUUUAGGGUCAUUUAAAGUCAAAUAGGGGCCAGCCAUUUUGUGGUUGUCAUGGCGACUCACCUACGGUGUCCAGGUGUCUCACCGAGGGGUCCGGGGCCUCCAGGCGCGUGCAGAAUCCAAUUUUCACGGCAAGAGAGCAUUUUGGAAGCAGCAAGAGGUUGUGCAGGUUCAAAAACAUUGGUUAUUGUGAACCAAUAGCAGCGAGCUACCGCUAGUUAGCUGUGGAGCUAAGUAGGCCACAAGCCACAGCCAGACCAAAAUAUUGCUCAAAAAUGGAAAAAAUAAAUAAAUGAAGAAAUAAUAAUUACCAUCCAGAUGAACAGGCAACGUUUCGACUUUAUUCAGUCUUCAUCAGGCCUAACAUGGUA